AAAAGCGGUCCGGGGUGUAUAUAAAUAUGAGACAUUGGAGAAGUAGACCAGCAAGCGGAAGGAUCGGACUCAGACUUCGGCUAGCCAUUGAACAAAAGCAAAGAUGAGCGGAGCAGCUGUGUCCAUGUGCCUGUUUUUCCUCCUGUCUGUAUGCUCAGCAUGUUACAUCUCCAACUGUCCCAUUGGCGGGAAACGCUCCAUCAUGGACGCCCCGUUGCGCAAGUGCAUGUCAUGCGGCCCCGGGGACAGGGGCCGCUGCUUCGGCCCCAAUAUCUGUUGCGGGGAUGGCUUUGGUUGCCUGCUCGGCUCCCCGGAAACUGCUCACUGCUUGGAGGAGAGCUACCUGCUCACCCCCUGCCAGGCCGGGGGGAGAUCCUGCGGAUCUGAGGGCGGACACUGCGCCACUUCAGGUCUCUGUUGCGAUGCAGAGAGCUGCAGCGCAGACCAGUCGUGUCUCAUGGAUGAGGAGGCGGAUGAUCAAGUGGGCCAAUACGACGGCGGCGACCCCGGUGACAUCAUUGUGAGGCUCCUCCAUCUGGCCGCUCACGCAACUCCUCAUCGACUCGCUCAAUGAGUUGACACUGAGGGCGGCCCGGGAGACCUUAAGUGCAUAUUAUUAGUUGCCCAUUUUAGCCUCUUGUCGAUAUAUUUUUAUGCAUGAAAACAGAGGAUAUAUACUGACAGUCAUCUGGCUAUCUUGCAUGUUGAAAUAAAGUUUUGAGGAAGAUUAAAA